AGAAAAAAAGGAAGGAGGAGAAAGAUAUUGAAAAAGAGACUAUAGUUGAGCCUGGAACUCCAGAAAAGCAGAGUUUUCCAAAGAGAAGAAAAAAGGAAGCCAAUAGAACUAUAUCUCGAACUUUGACCUUUGAUGAAGAGAUUGCUCCUACUUGUCUUGAGUUCAGCAGAAAAUCCGGGCCUAAUUUUCCAAAAGGGAGAAGGAGGAUGACCACAUUUCGUAGAACUGAUUUCCAUAUUUUGAUAUCACCAAUAUCAUUUCCUAUGCCUAUAUGGAAAAAACAAUCAAGAAGGUCUAAUCGUAGGAAAGAUGUGGUCAAAUGGGCUAGAAUUGCUUUUGAAUGCUUAGAAGAAACCUUGUCAUUGGUUGCAAUUCAUCCAAAAGACCAUGGCAAUUCAGUUCAAACAGAUGUUUCUUUUUCGAUUAAAGAGAGACACAUGACAUCUUCUAGUUCUGUAGCUCCAAAGUCGUGCAAUAAAAGAAGGAAGGAUAUUGUUGAGCAUUUAAUCCAACAGUUGAAUUAUCAAAAAGAACAUGGUCUUCCAUCUCUAGCAGAUGUUCCAUUGCACAUUGAAGAUACCCUUAUGGAAUCUCUUAGUUACAUUGUUGUAGAAUAUCCUAUUAAAAAAACUAAGGAUAUUGCCAAGUUAAUCAAAGAGAUGAGCAGAUUAAAUAUCAAUAGAAGUGUAACAACUUUGGGCAAGACAAAGAAAAAAUUACAGCUUGUUACUGCAAAGGUUGAUAUUGAUCUAGAAACCAUUAAGGAGUGGGAGCUAUUAAUGGAAAAUGAUCUUCCAGGCAGAUCAUACGCCGAUGAAGAGACAGAGUCCAAGUGGAAUGGAGAGAGAGAAAUCUUUCAAAAUCGGAUAAAGCUUUUCAUCAACCGAAUGCAUCUUUUACAAGGCAAUAGAAAGUUUAAACAGUGGAAAGGAUCAGUUGUUGAUUCAGUGGUUGGAGUUUUUUUGACACAAAAUGUUUCCGACUAUCUUUCAAGCAAUGCUUUCAUAAGUGUGGCUGCAAAAUUUCCUCUGGAUGCAAAAAGAGGUUUGGAAUGUCUACCAUACUACAUUGAAGAACCUAUAGAAGUAGAUGACUCCAUUCUUGAUGACCAAAGACCAUCUCAUGAUAGAAAUAUUGAUGCUAAAAGUUCUGUUGAGUUUACUUCCUUACCAGAAAAUAUGGAAGAACAUGAGAAAGUUGCAAAACGGAAAAACAAAAAAACUGGUAUUAUGGAGGAUGAAAAAAUUGAUUGGAAGAAUUUGAGAAAAAUGUACACAAAAAAAGGAUCUCGGGACAUGAUGCAUGUGGACACUGUCGAUUGGGAUGCUGUGAGGUCAUCUAGCCAACAAGUUCUUGCGGACACCAUCAUAAAACGGGGGCAACACAAUGAACUUUCAAGAAAAAUAUUGAAAUUCCUCAACAAUGAAGCAAACCAAAAUGGAGUUGUGGAUCUUGAAUGGCUCCGAGAAGCUCCGUCAGAUCUAGUGAAGAGAUAUUUAUUGGAGAUUGAAGGGAUAGGGUUAAAGAGUGCUGAGUGCGUACGGUUGUUAGGACUUAAACAUUCUGCUUUCCCGGUUGACACAAAUGUUGGCCGUAUAGCAGUUAGACUUGGUUGGGUUCCUCUUGAACCUUUACCAGAUGGAGUUCAAAUGCAUCAGUUAUUUCAUUACCCUUCAAUGGAUUCAAUUCAGAAGUAUAUUUGGCCACGACUAUGUAAACUCCCUCAAGAAACUUUGUAUGAGUUACAUUAUCAAAUGAUAACCUUUGGAAAGGUUUUUUGCACAAAAGUUAUUCCCAAUUGUAACGCAUGUCCGAUGAAGUCAGAGUGCAAAUAUUUUGCAAGUGCAUAUGUCAGUUCCAAAGUUCUUCUUGAAGGUCCAAAAGAAAAGCCACAUGAGUCAGAUACCUCUAUGCCUUCAACUUCUGAUGAUGUUGAUGUGGGAGAUGUAAACAUUACAUCAAAGAUAACUUCGAUAGAAGAAUGUGUUUCUCUCGAAUGCAGUAAUCAAACUAACUGUUGUGAACCAGUGGUCGAGUUUCCUUCUUCUCCAAGGCCGGAAAUUCCAGAACUAAUAGACAUUGAAGAUAUGCCUUACAGAAGUCCUCGUCGGUCUUGUGCUGAAAUUCCUGAAAUUGUCAUGGACAUGGAUGCAUUCAACAAAAAUGUAGUGGAUGCAUUUUUAAGAAGUGGAAAGAUGCUGAACAGUUCUAACGAAGAGGUAUCAAAAGCAUUAGUAGUUCUGACUCCAAAAGAUGCUUGCAUUCCAAUCAAGCUGCCCCGUAAAGAAAAGUAUUAUAGUAGGCUAAGAACUGAACAUGUGGUCUAUUUGCUUCCUGAUAACCAUGAGCUUCUCCAUGAUUUUGAGAAAAGAGAACCUGAUGAUCCUAGUCCAUACCUUCUUGCGCUUUGGCAGCCAGGUGAAACGUCAUACUCGUUUACUCCACCACAAAAGAAGUGUAACUCAGACGGAUCAAACCUCUGCAAUAUUAAGACUUGCUCUUAUUGUUGGAGUAUAAGGGAACAAAGCUCCAACGUUUAUCGUGGAACAAUCUUGAUCCCUUGUAGAACAGCAACGAGAGGGAGCUUUCCACUCAAUGGAACCUACUUCCAAACCAACGAGGUUUUUGCGGAUCAUGAGACGAGUUGGAAACCUAUUGUCUUUCCCAGAGAAUUGUGUGAUGGGCUAGAGAAGCGUGCACUAUACUGUGGUUCAUCAGUGACAUCCAUUUUUCGAUUAUUAGAUGAAUCAAGGACUCGACUAUGCUUUUGGACCGGGUUUGUCUGUAUGAGAGCAUUUAAUCGAAAGCACCGAACUCCAGAGGAUCUGGUCCGAAGACUACACACUCCACCUGAUGAGAGAGGGGAAAAGCACAUGAGAGACGAAUGA